AUGAAAUGGGUGGACGGUACAAAACAAGGUCUUGUCGUGGCUGGUGGUCAAGAAAAAGGAAAUGGUCUUGCACAAUUGUCAAUUCCUCAAGGAAUCGUUGUCAAUCAAUUAGGCACUGUCUAUGUGGCUGAUGCUGGGAAUCAUCGAAUCAUGCGUUGGCUCAAAUGAGCCAUACAGGG